CGCGAUUGGACUGUAAUGCCCUUGGACAUCUUGGAGCAAAUCUCCGAUCGCCUCCCUCUCGUCGACUAUGUAAGAUUUCGUGGCGCCUGCAAACACUGGCGAUCAUCUCCAUCGGCUCGUGCUGAACUAGUCAACUUCUCCAAAGAUCGACCUUGGGCCAUGUUCUAUGGACUACAAAGGGACGAAACACGCAUCCCUGAAUGCUACGUCUACAGCAAAUCUCAUCCACACAGGUGCACCAUCAUGUUGCACGAUCUCGAGGGUGCCACUGUCGUCAAAUCCAAGCACGGUUGGUUGCUUGCUCAUCGCGAUUUGAUGACAAUGAAAACAACAAUUUCUGACCCAAACAUCGGGUUGGCGAUAAAGGAUGGAGCACAGAGACGAUAUCUGAUGCAAGCAGCGAUUUUAUUGAUACGAUCGCAAAGGUCAUUACUUGCAACCUGAUUCACGAUGAGGAUGAUCAACGUGACG